GCGGGGCGAGCAUGGCGAGCGGCGGAUCGGCCUGAAGGAGGGCGCCCUCCCCCGCGCCCGGAAUGCAAUGUUAAUCCUGGGGCAUUGAUGUUCUACAAUGCCUGAUCAAGACAAAAAGGUGAAGACCACAGAAAAAUCAGCAGAGAAGCAGCAACAAGGAGUCAGCACUAGGGACUACUCAGAUCUUAAAAGACUUCGCUGCCUGUUAAACGUUCAGUCAAGCAAACAACAGCUUCCAGCCAUUCACUUUGACAGUGCCCAGAAUAGUAUGACGAAAUCUGAACACGCUCUCAAGGCUGGUGGACACAGGAUUCGGGGUCAUUGGCAGGAGUCCACGGAGGCCGUUGAGCUGGAAAACUUUAGUGUAAACUAUAAGAAUGAAAGAAAUUUCAGCCAACAUCCUCAGCAUAAACUGUUUCAAGAGAUCUUCACGGCCUUGGUGAAGAACAGACUUAUAUGCAGAGAGUGGGUGAACCGAGCUCCGUCUAUUCAUUUUCUGAGAGUGUUAAUCUGCCUGAGGUUACUCAUGAGGGAUCCAUGUUAUCAGGAAAUACUCCAUAACUUGGGUGGGAUUGAAAAUCUAGCUCAGUACAUGGAGAUCGUGGCCGACGGCUACCUGGGCUAUGGAGAAGAGCAGCAUAAUGCCGACAAGCUGGUCAACAUGACGUAUAUCUUUCAGAAACUUUCGGCUGUCAAAGAUCAGAGAGAAUGGGUCAUAGCGAGCGGAGCACACAAGACGUUAGUGAAUUUAUUAGGAGCCAGAGACACAAAUGUUCUGCUGGGGGCCCUGCUCGCACUUACUAGUUUAGCUGAAAGUCCAGAAUGUAGGGAGAAGAUAAGUGAGCUCACCAUCGUAGAAAACCUGCUGAUGAUCCUACAUGAGUAUGACUUGCUUUCGAAAAGACUAACUGCAGAGCUGCUGCGCCUCCUUUGCGCUGAAUCUCAAGUGAAGGAACAGGUGAAGGUGUAUGAGGGCAUCCCCAUCCUGCUCAGUCUGCUGCAUUCGGACCACCUGAAGCUGCUGUGGAGCGUGGUGUGGAUUCUGGUCCAGGUGUGCGAGGACCCCGAGACCAGUGUGGAGAUCCGCACGUGGGGAGGCAUCAAGCAGCUCCUGCACAUCCUCCAGGGAGACAGAAAUUUAGUUUCUGAUCGUUCUUCCAUUGGAAGUCUGUCUAGUGCAAAUGCAGCAGGAAGAAUACAACAGCUUCGAUUGUCAGAAGAUUUAAGCCCUCAAGAAAUACAAGAAAAUACCUUUUCUCUUCAAUCAGCCUGCUGUGCCGCUCUUACUGAACUGGUGCUUAAUGACACAAAUGCUCACCAGGUUGUACAGGAAAAUGGUGUAUAUAUAAUAGCAAAGUUAAUUUUACCAAACAAACAAAAGAAUGCAGCAAAAACUCAUUUAUUGCAGUGUUAUGCUUUUAGAGCCUUGCGCUUUCUCUUCAGUAUGGAAAGGAAUAGACCUCUCUUUAAAAGACUAUUCCCCACUGACUUGUUUGAGAUCUUCAUUGAUAUAGGACAUUAUGUGCGUGAUAUCAGUGCUUACGAAGAGCUGGUAUCAAAGUUGAAUUCACUGAUGGAGGACGACCUGAAACAGAUUGCCGAAAACAUCGAAAGCAUAAAUCAGAAUAAAGCACCUACGAAAUACAUAGGCAAUUAUGCCAUUUUAGACCACCUCGGGAGCGGUGCGUUUGGAUGUGUUUAUAAGGUUAGAAAGCGUAGUGGGCAAAACCUUUUAGCCAUGAAAGAAGUCAACCUCCACAACCCUGCCUUUGGAAAGGACAAGAAGGAUCGAGAUAGCAGCGUAAAGAACAUUGUCUCGGAGCUAACAAUAAUCAAGGAGCAGCUUUAUCACCCUAAUGUUGUACGCUACUAUAAAACUUUUCUAGAAAAUGACAGGUUGUACAUAGUUAUGGAACUCAUAGAAGGGGCACCUCUUGGAGAACAUUUCAGUUCUUUGAAAGAGAAACAGCACCAUUUUACUGAAGAGAGGAUAUGGAAUAUAUUUAUACAACUGUGCCUGGCUCUUCGUUACUUGCAUAAAGAAAAGAGGAUCGUCCACCGGGACCUCACACCAAACAAUAUCAUGCUGGGGGACAAAGACAAAGUAACCGUGACUGACUUUGGCCUGGCAAAACAAAAGCAAGAAAACAGCAAACUCACAUCGGUCGUUGGAACGAUUCUCUACUCCUGCCCCGAGGUUUUGAAGAGUGAGCCCUAUGGGGAGAAGGCUGAUAUCUGGGCUGCAGGCUGCAUCCUCUAUCAGAUGGCAACUCUGAAUCCUCCCUUCUACAGUACCAACAUGCUCUCCUUAGCGACCAAAAUAGUAGAGGCAGUAUAUGAACCAAUCCAAGAAGGGAUCUACUCUGAAAAAGUGACAAUUAUAAUCAGCAGAUGUUUGACUCCUGAUGCCGAAGCCCGGCCAGAUGUGGUGGAGGUAAGCGCGAUGAUAUCCGACGUCAUGAUGAAGUAUCUGGACGGCUUGGCCUCCUCCCAGCUUGCCUUGGAGAAGAAGCUUGAGCGUGAGAGGAGGCGCACCCAGCGCUAUUUCAUGGAAGCCAACCGGAACGCAGUCACUUGUCACCAUGAGCUGGCCAUCCUGUCUCAUAGAUAUAAUUUUUCCUCUGAGGACUGCUUUAGAUGCAUUCAAAAAAUUUUGGAGAGUUUUGAGAAGGCCAGCCUGAGCAGCAGCAGCAGCGGCGGGGCCAGCCUGAAGAGCGAGCUCUCCGAAAGUGCCGACCUUCCCCCCGAGAGCUUCCAGCAGCCCUGCGGGAAGGACGAAGACAGAGCCUGCGAUGAGCUGCUGUCCGACGAUCACUACAACUUAGAGAACAUUGACAAAGACAUAUAUUCAGAAUUAGAUGAUGAACUGGACAUCUCCGACGCCUCCAGCAACUCCAGCUCGAGCCCUCUGAAAGAGUCGACAUUUGGCAUUUUAAAACGGAGUUUCAGUGCUUCUGGAGGAGAAAGACAGUCUCAUGGAAGGGAAUACACAGGAGGAAUAGGAUCAAGACCAAGACCAGCUUUGCUGCCUCUUGACCUGCUUCUGAAAGUGCCAUCACUCAUGUUCAGGGCCCACGUUAAGAAAAUAGAGGCCUCGUUAGUGACAGGGUGGCAGUCGCACAGCCUUCCAGCUGUGAUUCUUCGCAAUCUGAAAGAUCAUGCUUCUGCAGGGAUUGCUGUGUCCCAGAGAAAAGUACGGCAGAUCAGUGAUCCCAUUCAGCAAAUCUUAAUUCAACUGCAUAAGAUUAUCUACAUCACCCAGCUCCCUCCUGCUUUACACCACAAUUUGAAAAGAAGGGUUAUUGAGAGAUUCAAGAAAUCCCUCUUCAGCCAGCAGAGCAAUCCUUGUAACUUGAAAUCCGAAAUUAAAAAGCUGUCUCAAGGAUCUCCAGAGCCAAUCGAACCAAACUUUUUUACAGCAGAUUGUCAUUUAUUACUGCAUUCAUCAAGUGGAAAUACCCUAUCCCCAAAUGACAGGACAGGACUUCCCAACAGCUUUGAUCUGGAAGAGGGAAUAACCUAUGAACAGAUGCAGACUGUGAUUGAAGAGGUCCUAGAAGAAAGUGGCUAUUACAAUUUUACUUCUAACAGGCCAGAAGAGCAGACAUCACACGGGAAGACUCUGAAAAGAAGCCAGGUGAAGGAUGGACAGGAUGAGGGGGAGCGCCGCACUGGGGCUGAAGGCUUCAGCAGGGGACCUGUCAUAGUUUCUUUUUCACUAUCUGACUGAACGUGCCCAAGAAAAGAUCUAUGUUCUGGAUGGACAGUACUACUCUUUUCAUCUAUGCUUUUUCUUAUUUGCUGAAAAGUAUCGAUUAUUUUAGUCAAGUUCAACUUUGGUUGUUUCUUCAUAUUAAAAUUGAAUUCAUUAUCUGUGUUUGACCAGGAAUCGUCAGCCCUGUCUUGUCAGACAGCAAUUAACCAGAAGGAGGUUGCCAUUAAAUGGAAUACACUAGCUCUGAGGGGACACAUGCCAUUAAGUGGCAGGCUAAACCCAUAGAGAAGUUUAGCAGACUAACCCCAAAAGGGAGUUAGCUGGGGAAGGGGGUUAUACCAUUGAUUGGCAGGCUAACCCUAACAGGGAUUUAGCCUGUAUAUUUUAAGCUAAUUUUUAUAUUAAAAAUAUAUUCAUCCCUAUAAAGUUUGCCUUUAUACCCCUGGAGGGUACCAAUGGGAAUCUUUGUUAUCAGAUCAGUUACUACAAGGGCAUUAUAAUUAAAAAAAUAAGAACUAUAUCUCCAAAAUGAUUGGAAACGCUUUAAAAUAUAAUGCUAAGAAAAACUCAAAAGUUUAGUCAGCGCUCCAGAGGCCUGCCCCUGCUUGAUCAUGGCAGAGUGGAGUUGAGUGGUCAUGGGAAAGUCUUCCUUUUAGAUGCCACAGAGUUCCUUGAGGCAUCUGGUUUUUGCUCACAAUGGCCCAGUUAGAAGAUUAAAGAAUCCAGGUUUGUGGUGGGAUAAGAGUAUUUAAAAUACCUGCGUUAUCUAACUUAUCCAGCUUUUUUCUCUCCUUUUUUUUGGCCACAGCCUAUCUUGGUAAGUGAUUUGAUUUUAUGUAUGUUUUUCACUUAAAAACAGACACAUAAAAAUCUGGAUUGGUCGGGAUGUACAUAAAUCUGAAAAUAUCACUGUUCUUUUGGUUAAUAUGGGUGGGGAAGAGGAAUGACCCCAGCAAGUCACUCACUCUAUUACUUCAAUGGCCCAGAGAUGAUCUAUCAUCUCCACAUCUAUGGACAGAGACAGAGUUCUCCAACUCCCUUUGUCAAUUCGAGGUCAAAUCAAAGAUUAUGAUGACCUCGUUUUUGCCCAUCCGUAUCUUGACCUUCUCUCAAUUGUUAUUAUAAGUGGUAAUCUCAGAGGUAAUCUCAUUCCCUGAUCCUCUUCCACAUGGCCCCGGCAGCUACUGAAAGCCUAGAACCUUAUUAAAGGAUAGAAGUCGGUUGUUGCAUGCAUCCUGGUCUCCUUAGGUAGGAGUGGACGAGAAGCCUAGUGAUUCAGCUUACUGGCAAAGUGCAGACUACUCCCUCAAAAUUCUCCAGGAUUUUGUAAUGGGUGUAUUUGAUAUUAUUGUUCAGGAGUAAACAGCUGAUUAUCUUCUUGGAAGGAAGCGUUUAGACUCUUCCAGGGUCAUUGAGUAUAGUGGAAGUUGUAAUUCUCCUAAGUAUAAAGGGGAGCAAAAGCAUGACCAGCAACAAAAACAAUGGAUCCUUUCUGUCCUUCUGUUUUUACUUAUGUUGUUUCUUUUUUCUAAAAGAGCAGUUUAUUGACCCUUUCUACUAUCAUUGUCACACAAAUGUGUGAUUCUCCUAGGACAUAAGUUGUCCAGAGAAGUUGGGUAGCAUGUAGGGCCUUACUUAAUGCACUGAUUUAUAUCCCAAGGGCCUGUUAUUCUGGCUUCUCCAAAGACUCUCUAAGAUAACGGGGAGAAACUGGCUUGUAGUGAAAGUCUAUUAAUUUUGCUUUUGACUUGUCUUAAUUGUCUUCCUGUGUGAACAAGUCCUCCUUUGAACUGAGAAAGUCUUGAUAAUCUUUUAUUGAUUGCAUUUCUCUUUUAUUUUGCUUCUCUCUUCUGUAUAAUUUGUAAUUAUUUGUUGUGCUGUGAAAAUCCCAGUUAGUUCAUGUAAUUCAAAAAGAUUUAACUUUGUAAGAAUAGAAUACAAAUCAGCCUUUUGGGAUCACUUUUGAUUCACAAAUGCUUCAGUUAAUUAUCUUUUGAUCCAUCAGCUAUGUCUGAAUAUGUGCUCUUGAACUUUACUUUUUUAAGCCCACAUUUUCUAUUCCUCAUGAAGUGACUGUGACGGUCACGGUUACCCCUGCUUGUUGGUCAUCAGAAUCGUUAUUUCUCACACGUGUGCUCUUCUAGCCCCCUUAUGGCUAAACUAUCAUGAAUCAUAAUAACUUGGACCUUAAACCAAAGGUUAAUGGUUAAGAAGUGCUUAUGUUGAAUGAACAUUUUGGCUUUUGAUAGUUCGCCAUCCUUUGUUGGCAAACGGGACUUUGCUCAUCAGACAAUUGCUGAGUUGCCCUAAACAUUACAGUGUGCAGCAUUGUUGAUUAGGGGUCACUAUUGUCCUUAAGGUUCCAGAAUUCAGCUGACUAGAGGAGACGAAUUUGAGGCUCAAAUCCAGGAUUUCACCUGGGGUGGUUUUGAAUGGUAACUACAAAUGUUCAGCAACAGUUACCAUGAAUAUUUUUCUUUUGUGAUGACCAUGACAUUGCAUGGUUGUGUUGGAUCAAUAUUAUGCAGCCACAUUCUUUGUCAUUGGUUUCCUUAGAUGUGCUUUCUUGAGGGGGAAGGCAAAUGGGAUGGAAAAUUAGAUUCUGGCUAUGCUUUGGGUUUGUUGGUUUGAUGUUUUUUUAGCCUUAGUUCCUCUGGAAAUAACUUUAACCGUCUAUAUGAAGGCAGAAACUUGACUCAUUUAAGUGCUUUUCAUUGCUUCCUUCUUGCUUUUUGCCGUGUUUAUUUGCUAGAGCACAGAACAGAUGCUGUCAGUGCAAAAAAGAGCAUGGCCAAAACAGUUCUUCAGACAUGCCUUGGAAAUUCAACUCCAGGCAACCCAGAAGCUCCUUUCCCUCCCAUAAAAAAGAAUGGUCCCAUUUCUUGGCCUUGACUUCUUAGUGAAACUCUCUCCAAAUAUUCACCUUUUUAUUUUUGUCUUCCAAGCACAAUUAUUGCCCAUAUGUAUGUAUAUAUGCACAUAAGUGCUUUGAUUUAUAUAGACAUACACACACCGAGGAGGCAGGAAAGAUGCACAUACACAUAGGAUAUAUAUUUGUACAUGUAUAUACAUAUGUAUGUAUAUAAUAAAUUUUAUAUGUAGCAUAUAAAUAUGUAUUUCCAGAUACCACUUAAAUUGUAUUAAUUAUUCUAAUGAAAAACUUUCAAUGCUCGAUUUAUGAAUUUUAGCCAGAUUUUGUUUUUUUUAAGUUCAAUGUUGUUGUAUAUAGCAUCUAUAUCCAUUAAUACUGUUUUUCAUAUUAAUAAGAAAAUUUAAAUGUUUCCUGGAAACUUCUGUGUGUCAUUAUAGUUAAUACAUAUAGUCAAGAAAACAUUA